AUGGCCGGCGCUCGGGCGCUCGUGGCCGCCUGCUGCUGCUGGUGGUGGCUGACCAACGCAGCCGCCACCGAGCUAGACCUGCUGGCCGCGCUGUCGCUGCACAACACGUCGCGGGCCGGCGUCAGCGUAGCUCCGGGCAUGCAAGCGCAGCGCACCGCCUACGCCCUGCAAGGGGAGUCGCGGUCGCUGCAGGUGGAUGGUGUUGCGUUUGAACGAGCGACAGAACUCCUGCAACGCUCUCCUGAAUUCACGGUGCUCGCCACAUUACGCCAGGAGCCCGCUAACUCCGGCACCAUAUUGUCAUUUUCGCACGGAUACAACAGGUACUUGGAGUUGCAGUCGAGUGGUCGGCGCGACGAGGUGCGGUUACACUACGUGGCGGCGGGGAGCGCAACAGCUCGCGUGGAGACCUUCCCGUUUCGUUUAGCGGACGGCGCGUGGCACCGCGUGGCAUUGGCCGUGUCAGGCGCGCAGGCCACGCUAUUAGUUGACUGCCACCCGCUCUACCGUCGCCUUAUACCGCCACCUGAUCGCAAUUUCACCCAACCUCAACUCUCGUUGUGGGUUGGACAGAGGAAUAGUAAACAUUCUUUAUUUAAGGGAACUAUACAAGAAGUAAGACUAGUGAGCGGACCUCAUGGUUAUUUGGUGCAAUGCCCGGGUCUGGACUCCGAGUGUCCAACCUGCGGGCAGUUUGCACUACUUCAAGCUACAGUACAAGAACUUACUUCGCAUAUCCAUGACCUAUCACUUAAGUUGGUUGGUACUGAAGCCAGGCUGGCGCGGCUAGAGCAGUGCGACUGUCAAAAGUCAUGUUACUCUAACGGCACAGUACACGCUGAUGGUGCUACCUGGCAAAAAGACUGCAAUCGAUGCUCCUGCGUGCAUGGUGAGAUUACGUGCAGACCAGUAGAGUGCGAUAGAGCAGAGUGUAAAAAUCCAGUAUUGCAUCCAGGAGAAUGUUGUCCUACUUGUCUUAGGCAAUGUCUAAUGAAGGGAACGCUUUACGAGCAUGGAGAGCGUUCCGCGCCGAAGGAAUGCGCGGAGUGCGUGUGCCACGACGGUAACAUGCAGUGCACGCGCAUUGACCCCAAGACCGAAUGUCCGCCGCUACCGUGCGACGCGCCCGACCAGUUCACAGUGCCCGGGGAAUGCUGUAAAUUUUGUCCAGGUGUGGAUUAUUGCAGUAUGGGUCAUUCGUGUGACGAGAACGCGAUGUGUAUGAAUCUCAAUACAAAAUACACUUGUAAGUGCAACCAAGGAUUUCAGGGAGAUGGGAUCACGUGUGAAGAUGUGGAUGAAUGUCAAAGAGAAGGCGGGCGCGAAGGCCACCACUGCCACUCAAAUACCAGCUGCGUCAAUGUGGUCGGCGGCUAUGUGUGCCAAUGCCUGCCCGGAUACACCAGACGGGACAAGUUCAAUUGUGCUGAGGUGGACGAGUGCGCGAGCGAGACACACGGCUGUCACGCGCAGGCCGAGUGCCGCAACACCCCCGGCUCGUACUCGUGCCGCUGCAGAGAAGGCUACUCCGGCGACGGGUACACAUGCUCACCAAUAUGCACAGGCGGUUGUUUGAAUGGCGGUGUGUGCGCGGCGCCCGACCAUUGCGCGUGCGCACGCGGGUUCGUCGGCGCGCGCUGCGAGCGCGACGUGGACGAGUGCGAGCCGCCGCCGUCCUCGCACCCGGCGGCGGGCGCGCCCUGCGUGCCGCGCGCGCUCUGCGUCAAUACCCCCGGCUCGUACUACUGCGUGUGUCGCGACGGGUAUAGACGGGACCCGCAUAGAGAUCACUGUGAAGAUGUAGAUGAAUGUGCUGAGGGCUUCCACACGUGUCAUCCGAGCGCUCGAUGCGUAAAUAUAGAGGGAAGCUUCAGAUGUGAAUGUGACACACAGGAAUGUGAACUUAGUUGUUCAUGGCAAGGACAAAUAGUAUCGGACGGCGCGCGCUGGACAGAGGCGGGCGGGUGCCGCGCGUGCGCGUGCCGCGCGGGCGUCGCCGCCUGUGUGCGCGCGCCCUGCGCCUGCGACAGAGACAAUACCUCACUAACUAUUCCUAGUACAUUAUCGCCGCUGUCGCUGUCGCCGGCGCCGGCGGCGUGCUGCCCGCACUGCGACGCGCGCUUCCACUGCCGCCACCAGGAGAUGCACCACGUCACGUUCCGCAGCGGAGAGCGCUGGCUUUAUCAAUGUCAGAUCUGCGAGUGUCUUCUGGGUGAAGUUGAUUGUUGGGAGCCUGAGUGCGAAGAGGGCGCGGAAUGCUGCCUGGGGGGUGUAGGACUGCCGGCGGGCGCGGCGGCGGGGGACGCGGGAGGGGAGGGGGGCGAGGCAGAGUGGCGCGCACCGCACCGCCUCGAGCUUGCGGGUUGCGCGCCGCCUCACUGCCCCACGUGCCAGGGCGGGCAGUGUGCUACUUUGGUGAGCAAUCUCGCGUGUUGUGUGCAUCGAGCGCGGCGCGACGUGACGGCGGCGCUGGCGCUGGCGGCGCUGUGGUGGGGCCGCGUGCCGCACCCGCACCGCAAACACCGCGGCGCGCGGCGU